GGCGGGUUAGCUGGCGUUAAAGUCAAUUGAAUGAGUCUUCUUUCACUCAUUUAGAUUCAUCUACGCUAAUCCGUUCUAGGUUUAGAAUGCUGCGACUCCCGCAUUUAAAUGGACCGGGGAUCUGUCACUCCCAAAAUGUGAUUGGCCAAUGGCUACUUUCCUCCCUAAGGCCUAUGAAUCGGCUGGGGGAUACAAGUAUAAUAGCGUCUCGAACGCUUCAUCUUGUUAGAUUGACUUUUAAGAGUCUGAGUGAAUAUAUGAGUAUAAUUCCGAGGGCUGAUAUAAUAGUAUCGGAGUAGGGCACACCAAUGAACAUGGCAUCCGACUCAGAAACCAAGGCCAUCGCCCUUCAAACUCCUGCCCAAACCGGAUCACAGAGUUCCCCACAGGGAGGCGGAGGCACAGAGGAGAGCUGCCACAACGUCGAACAGCAAUCUCGUGACGUCGAACAGCAGAAUGCUACGCCCAUCCACGAGCCUCAAGAGAAUAUCUCUGCCUUCAAAGCUCUUGGCUGGCUUGACCGAUACCUAGCCGUCUGGAUCUUACUCGCCAUGAUCGUCGGCGUCCUAUUAGGCAAUUUCGUGACGGAGGUUGGCCCGGCCCUACAGAAGGGGCAACUUGUCGGCGUCUCUGUGCCUAUCGCUGUGGGCCUCCUGGUCAUGAUGUACCCUAUCCUCUGUAAGGUGCGGUAUGAGUCUCUACAUGAGCUCUUUUCGCAUCGGGAUUUGUGGAAACAGAUCGCAUUUAGUGUCUUUGUGAACUGGGUUGUGGCUCCGUUCCUUAUGCUUGGUCUCGCUUGGGCAUUCCUUCCCGACAAAGCCGAGUUGCGCACCGGUCUUAUACUCGUUGGCCUUGGGAGGUGUAUCGCUAUGGUCCUAAUAUGGACCGGACUUGCCGGUGGAGACGGAGAAUACUGCGCCAUUCUCGUUGCCUUCAACUCCAUUCUCCAGAUGGUUCUCUUUGCCCCGCUUGCGAUCUUUUUCAUCCGAAUCAUUGGCCAUGAAUCUGGCGUUCAAGAUAUAUCAUAUGCCGUAGUCGCCACCAGUGUGGCUGUUUUUCUCGGCAUCCCCCUUGGCGCUGCGAUAAUUACACGCUUCUCGCUACGUGCCAUCGCCGGUUCAGCUUGGUACGAGCGUGUCUUCCUCCGCUUCGUAGCCCCCUUAUCACUUCUCGGCUUGCUAUACACAAUUCUCGUGCUCUUCGCCUCACAAGGUCACCAGGUCGUGCAUCAAAUAGUGUCGGUGGUGCGAGUAGCGGCUCCGUUGGUUGUAUACUUCAUCACCAUCUUCUCUGCCACAUUAGCGGUUACUUACUGGUCUGGCUAUAAGUACGCCGUUAGCGUGACGCAGAGUUUCACGGCGGCCAGCAACAAUUUUGAACUAGCGAUCGCAGUAGCAGUAGCAACCUUUGGUCCCAAUAGCGACCAGGCCCUUGCAGCAACCGUUGGGCCGCUUAUAGAGGUGCCAGUGUUACUUGCCCUGGUGUAUCUUGCUCGGUGGAUUGGCAGGGGGUGGGCAUGGAAGAAUUGAAUGGAUAUAUAGGAUCCUAGGCAUGAGGCAGGUAAGCGAAGAAGCGAGUAAGAUGGGAAGAUAGUUAGUUAAUAGCUGCUGAGAGGCUGAUAGGCAGGACUGUCGUGGAUAUCUACCACUAGGAG